ACGCCAUGCACUGUGUGAGCAGAGGAGGCUGCUACCUGGUGAACUCCUACUGCGAACUUCACGAGGAAAACCAGUGGAAGAAAGAGAGCUACCAAGCAUGUUGGCUGAGCCUGGUCAUUGAAACAAGACCACAAUACAGGCUGACACUGUCAGAGACUGACAGUGUUCGCAAAGAAAGUUAUAAGCAGCAACAGGUGGUCCACUUCAUGGUCGAGAGGAGUCCCAGCCAGAUACUGAAGCUGGGCAGUCACAGCGGAGCUAUGAAAGAGCACCACCUGCCCUUCUUCAAAACCAGCAGGGCGCCAUAUCAUGCCAGAGCCACCUUUGGGUGCGCAGAAGAACAACCAGCCACAUCACGGAGGGUGAAUAAUGGAGUGGAUAAGCAGGAAGUGACUGCCACAACUCAGGACCUCAGAAAGCCAAUCAGAGUGAACUUCAGAGCUUCGAGCCUGAUGUCCUCUCCACGGGAGAUCUCUCAUCGCGUGCAGAGGAGGGAGUGAAGCGAGGAGGUGCAGUGGAAGGGUAUCUAAAACUGUGAUUCAGAGAAUAUACAACAUAGCAUAUCUUUGUGUAAUUUACAUACUGGUAUUUGUAAAUUGAAAUUUGCGUAUAAAUUAUAUGAACAAUCUAAACUAUCUAAACUGUGACUUUUGACAAAGAAUUACCUCCUGAUGAAAUGAGCCUCAUGACAAUUAUCUAUGUCAAACUAGAUAUCUCAUCUGCUAAGUAACUUUAUAUUUUAGUAUUGUCCAAACAAGAGUCUUAGAUGGAAAAUGAAUCCAGUAUUCUAAUUCUGAUGGGUGAUAAUUUAUGAUAGAAGAGAUUCACUUUAUUCAUUUUUUCAUAAUUACAUUACUAAAUUAUUAUAUUUAAAAUUUUGAAAUAAUGUAUGUGCCAUAACUUGAAAAUGUGUAAUGAUAUGCGGUAUUGUAGAUAUGAACAUGUUCUGAAGUUGGGUCUCUUAAGAUUACUGCAUGCUUUCUGUCAUUGUCAGUGAUUUCCAUGCCUAACAUGAAAUGUGUCUGGAACUUAAUUUUGCAUACAGUUUAAUAUGAUGUUCAAGUUAAUAAAAAUUGUCCUGUUGGAGAAAAUACAAUAAAUAACUUUACAUACA